AUACACGAGAAUUAUACAAUUUCUCAGCCCAUUUUUUGAGAAUGAACAAGCAGGCAGCAUAAGUUGCAGACUAUCACGACAGCAGCACAUAUAACAAUAUCGGAGGACUUCUACACCUUUGACUAGAAGCGGAUCAAUUGAAUGCUUGACAUGUCAGGAAACCUGCUAAGCACAGCCUUCUUGGACAAGAGUACUCUGAACAGAUGGGCUAUAUACCCCUUCUAUUGGAGGACCAAAGAAAGCGUCCGUCAAAAACCUUGUUCCACGUCUAGGAUGGAGAGAUCGAGGUUUAGAGCGAGAGGAGCGGCGAUAGGGGAAGCUAGCGGCACCAGACAGCGGCAAGGGCACAGGCGUUGGAUUCCAGGAUUGGAUCACAAGAUUUCGGGGCAAGCUACGACUUUCUUCAUCUAUAAUUUCCCAGAAAACGUGGAGGUGAAAGAAUUAUGGUACAGGUUUCAGAGGUAUGGAAAAGUGAUAGAUGUUUUUGUGCCAAAGAAGCGCGACAAGUGGGGAAAGAGGUUUGGCUUUCUACGUCUACUGGGAGUACAGAAUGAAAAUCAAAUGGUUAGGAGGCUGAAUGAAAUAUGGAUAGACUCAUACAAGUUGAGAGUAAAGACAACAGAGGAUAGAAGUAAAGAGAGAGCAAAAGGCACAGGUACAAGGGGUAAAACACAGCACAGAGUUGACAGAUUGGUAAAACCAGGUCAGUCAUACGCUCAGGUGGUAAAGGGGAAGGAACAGAGGACACAAAGCUUACCGGCUUCUGUAGAAACACUGGGAGGAGAGGACAGGGCUUCAACUCAUCUGAAGAAAGGAACAAUCCAGACGAGGCAACAAAACGAGAAGGAGGAAGUGGAAUCCUGUCAAAUACUAAAGCCCAAAAGAAGUAGGGAGAAGGAUAGGGACGCUGAGUCUCAGGGAGAAUGUAUGGAAUUCACACCAACACAGGAAGAGCUAAAAUGGCUUGAAGGGGGCGGAAGAAGAGUGCUGCUAACGGAAAAAGAACCAGGGUAUUUGAUUGAGUUUAUGAAUCUCAACAAAGAGCUGUUUGAUUUGUGGUUUGAAGACAUUAAACCAUGGGACAAGGAAGUUCAGGAACGAAGCAGAUUAGUAUGGCUUCGUAUAUCUGGGAUUCCAUUAAAGGCAUGGACUGACAGAUGCUUUAAAAUGAUCGGAGAAUCAAUGGGCGAGGUCGUGAUGAUACAUGGUGACACAAAGAUGAAGUCAAUCUUGUGUGAGGGGAGAAUAUUAGUUAUAUGUUCUGCAGAGCAUAUGGUAGUUAAACAAAUCUCACUGAAGGUGGAAGAACAGAUGUAUGAAAUACAAGUGAUUGAGGAAGAAUGGCGCUCCGACCCAGACUGGUGGCUCUUAGAUGAUGACCGGCAAAGUGAGUCGGAAACGGAAUCGGAGUUUUCAUCCGAGCAAAAUGAGGAAGAUCAAGAUUUCGGUAAUGCAGGGAUUUGUUCAGAAGAUGACGUGAGCAUGGAUGAGGAGCAUUUAAUGCAUGGCAGUCUUCUGAAUUCAAAUUUUAAAAGUUCAAAGGAAGGAAAGGCAAGCUGGCAUGCAGAAGAAGGGGAUGCGGUCAUAGAAGAUGGUGCGAGUGGGCCGCCCAAGUCAAAUGGGCUGCUGGAGGGUAAGGAAAUUGGACUAAGGAGCAAGAGUGGGCUUAGAGGGGAUUCUAGACAAGAAGAGAUAAAGAGAAGUAAAGAGAGAGGGCCCAAGGAGGUUUUUGAAAAAGAGACAGCCACCCACCGAGAGAUUGCAAUUAGGGAUUCGAGGAGGAUGCGGAGAAGACAAAUAGAAGACUGCUACCCAGAGAGCUUUGUGGAAAUCCGGGCAAAAGAGACACACGGGGAAUUUUCAAAAACAAAGCUGAGACAGCAACAAAGAGCAGGAACUCAAACGAGUACAGUGAGCAAGGUAAAUCAGGUUGUUAGUGACUCUUUUUCUGAUGGGUGUAUAAUAAAUAGAAAUAGGUUGAUUCAUAGUGAGAUGGCCUUGCAUGAGGUGAGGACGAUGAUGAGCAUGGGUAAGAGAUUGGGCAUUCAAAUUCAAAAUAAUGAGGAGGAAGUGCAGUCCCGAUUGCUGGAAUUGGAGAUGAGGGAGGCUGCAGGGGAAGGCUUGGGUAGUGUAUUGAAGAGAAAGGAAGUGGGUAAACUAGUGAGAAUAGAACAACCGGAUUUCCUAUUUUUGCAAGAAACUAAGCUAGAAACAGGGGAUGAUGAUUUAUGCAGAACGAUGUGGAAUUCAAAUGAGAUUGACUGGGUGAUGAAGGAGUCGAUAGGAGCUUCGGGUGGCUUGUUAUGUAUCUGGAAUAAGAAGAAUUUUGCUAAGACAAAAGAUUUUACGGGUGAUGGUUAUCUGAGAAUAACAGGGGAGUGGGGACUAGAUAAGGUGAAAUGUAAUCUAGUGAAUGUGUAUGGCCCAAAUGAUAGACAGAAAAGGUUAAAGCUGUGGGAUGAGUUAGAGCACAUGAUCAUUGAAGAGGGAGGGAGAUGGUUGCUAGCGGGAGACUUUAAUGCCGUUAGAUGUCUUGAAGAAAGAAAGGGAAGAACUGGAGAGAGCCCAGAUAUGAAGAAAUUUGAUGAAUUUAUCCUGGCAGCAGGUUUAGUUGAUAUUAAAAUGGUUAAUAGGCACUUUACAUGGUACAGGCCAGAUGGUACAGCCAUGAGCAGACUUGAUAGAUUCUUGAUGAAUGCAGAGAUGUGCAGUAUGGGCGGAAAUUGGGUGCAACAGGGCUUGAAACAUUUCAAGAAGGUAAUUGAAGAAAAGUGGAGCGAAAUGGAAGUUGAUGGAUUCGCAGGAUAUAAAUGUAAACAGAAGUUAAAAGAGAUAAAAGCAUUUUUAAAGGGUUGGAAUAAGGAGGUGUUUGGAAAUAUGGAAACUCAGUAUGAACAAGCUGUCAAACAGAUAGAGCAAAUUGAUAUGAAGAAUGAGGAGAUUGAUCUGGACGAAUUUGAGAUUAUUCAAAGACAGGAAGGUUUUCAGAAAAUGUGGGAUAUCAUGAGGAGGAGAGAAGUGAUAUGGAAACAGAAAUCAAGAAGCAACUGGGUGCGUGUGGGAGAUGCAAACACGCGAUUCUUUCAUAGAGUAGCAAAUGGUAGAAAGGCCCAAAAUAAUAUCACAGGCUUAUUGCGUGAUGGCUGUUGGGUGGAAGAACCAGAACAGGUUAAGAAGGAGGUGUAUAAUUAUUUCAGCAAGUUAUUUCAAGGAGACACAUGGAAUAGACCAAAGCCUUGCGGGGUUAGCUUCAAACAGAUUUCUGCAGAGGAAAAACAAUGGCUUGAACGACCAUUCUCCAUUGAAGAAAUUGAGGAAGGGUUACGAAGCUGUGAAGGAUCUAAAGCUCCGGGACCGGACGGGUACAAUUUUAAUUUUCUCAAGUUUGCUUGGGAUAGUUUAAAGGAAGAUUUUAUGAGUUUCUUUGCGGAGUUUCACAAGAAUGGUAGAUUAGUUAGUGGGCUGAAUUCAUCUUUCUUAGCUCUAAUUCCUAAGAAGUUUAAUUCUGUGGAAUUAAAGGAUUAUAGACCCAUUAGCUUGAUCGGGUGUGUUUACAAGCUGUUAACAAAAGUGUUGGCCAAUAGAAUUAAAGCCGUGAUGCUGAGGAUUAUCAGUGAAACGCAAUCUGCUUUCUUGAGAGGACGUCAAUUAGUUGAUGGAGUGUUAGUGUUGAAUGAGGUCGUGGAGGAAGUUAAGAGAAGGAAGCAGCCGGCUUUUGUUUUCAAGGCUGAUUUCGCAAAGGCAUAUGAUUGUGUGGAUUGGUCAUUCUUGGAAUGGAUGAUGGAUCGCUUGGGUUUUGGAAUCAAAUGGAGAGGUUGGAUUAUGGAAUGCUUGGCGACUUCUAAGAUCUCGGUUCUAGUUAAUGGAAGCCUGACGGAGGAGUUCAAGGUUGGAAAGGGAUUAAGGCAAGGGGACCCUUUAUCACCAUUCUUAUUCUUGAUGAUUGGGGAGGGAUUAAAUGGAUUGGUUCAGAAAGCAGUGUCGGAGCGUAUGUUUAGAGGAAUAGAGAUUGGCAGGAAGGGGUUAGCAGUUUCUCUACUUCAAUUCGCGGAUGACACAGUCAUUAUGGGAAAGGCUGACAUAGAGAAUAUAAUCCUGGUUAAAACAAUUCUGCGAUGGUUUGAACUGAUGUCUGGUCUUCAAAUUAAUUUUAGCAAGAGCAACAUUUAUGGAUAUAAUGUUUCAACGAGAUGGCUUGAAGGAUCAGCAAGUAUGUUGCGAUGUAGAGUCGGAAAAUCACCUUUUAUUUAUCUGGGAAUGCCUGUUGAUGGAAAUCCAGGGAAUAGGAAACUAUGGGAAUCGGUGAUAAAAAAAUUUCGUGCUAAACUCGCUGUCUGGAAAGCUGCUUCGCUGUCCUUCGGUGGCCGCCUCACUUUGCUUAACUCGGAUUUGCGUAGGAAAAAUUGGGCACUAUUGGGGAAAUGGUGGCAUAGAUUUGGGGAUGGGGUAGAGAGCCUGUGGAAAAGGGUACUAACAGAAAAAUAUUACGAGGGCAAAGGGAAGGAGGUGGAUAUUAAGGCUAUUGGGAACUAGAGAGUAUCUAAGCUUUGGAGAGAUAUUAUUAGUAUAGGGGGGCGGUCGAUGAGACUACAGAGUAUGUUGGUAGAGGGGUUUAGAUGGGAAGUGGGUGAAGGAAAUCGGGUGGGUUUUUGGAGAGAGUGGUGGAUAGGGGGGAAAAAUUUAAGGGAUCUAUACCCAAGGUUGUACGCACUGUCUAUGAAUAAGGAGGGUAAUAUCUG